AUGCUGACGUCUCGAUCUCCUAAUCAGUCACAACUAGAUCCCCUACCAACUGACCUCCCCUUCCGAAUUGUGUCCAAGACCGUGGGUCGAGGAGCAUAUGCCUCCAUCAAGAAAGCAAUCCCUCUUGACGCUCCAUCGCCAAUAUUUGCUGUAAAGCUCAUCCACAAGGGCUACGCUGUCAAACAUGGCCGUAUAUCUACCAAGCAACUCGCCAUGGAGGUCUCGCUCCAUUCACAUAUUGGCCAGCAUCCCAACAUCAUCGAGUGGUUUGCUUCAGGAGAAGAUGACAUAUGGCGAUGGAUUGCCAUGGAGUACGCAGAAGGUGGUGACCUCUUUGACAAGAUCGAGGCCGAUGUUGGUGUUCGUGAGGACAUUGCCCAGGUGUAUUUUGUCCAGCUCAUCGGUGGUGUGAGCUUCAUGCACUCCAAGGGCGUGGCACAUCGUGAUCUCAAACCGGAGAACAUUCUCCUCUCUCAGGACGGAUCUCUGAAGCUUGCUGACUUUGGAAUGGCCACCAUGUUUGAGUACAAGGGUCAACGGAAACAGAGCUCAACCCUAUGUGGCAGUCCUCCUUAUAUCGCCCCUGAGAUUCUUGCCUGUGGACGAGCAGACAAGAAGGCACCAAACGCUGCCAAGUACUCUCCGGAUCUGGUCGACGUGUGGUCAUGCGGUGUCAUUCUGUUCGUCCUACUCAUCGGCAACACACCUUGGGACGAGCCCUCGCAAGGUAGCUGGGAAUUUCAAGAAUAUGUGCGAACAUCUGGCCGCAGCACCGACGCUCUAUGGGGGAGGAUUCCCGCAACAGCACUCUCAUUGCUACGAGGAAUGAUGAGUAUCGACUCUUCAAAACGAUUUACCUUUACUCAAGUACGCCAGCAUCCAUGGUAUACGAGACAUAAUGCCCUCCUUAGUGCCGAUGGUCGAGUCACAGACCCCAUCAAUCUGGCAACACAGAUGUUGGAGAAUCUCCGUAUCGACUUUAGCCAUCAACCGACAUCGCAGCCUUCCUCUAGCGACCACAUGGACCUCGACACUGGUCUGAACGUGGGGAAGUUCUCUUCUACUCAGCCCGAGACACCCAUCGCUGAUAAGGAAUGGGAUUGGGAGCGACCACCACUUCGCUCAGUGGCCUCACCCGCAUCAUCACUUCCACAUCACGCCCAUGAUGCUCGUCGUGCGAUGCUCGAUACACUUGCUGAUGAACCAUCCAUGUCUCAGUUCUCCCAAACCCCAGGCCCAUCUUUGUCUUUGACUCAACAAGCCCGCCGUUUCCGCGACAUUUGUCCGCCAGAGGCUCUCACCCGCUUCUUCUCGGCCGUCCCUCCUGCACACAUCAUCCAGAUGCUCAGCGACGCUCUCCAUCAUCUCAACGUACCCGUAGCAACCCCUUCGCCCAACCCCACUGGAAAUCAUGUGGCCAUGAUCAAGGUCAAAACCCUGGAUGGUCGUCAGCAAAGUCUGCACGGUGAGAUUCAAAUCGAUCGCCAGCCUCUGCCUGACAGCACAGAGGUUCUUGAUGUGCGCUUCGUCAAGGUUAAGGGUGAUCCUCUUGAAUGGCGUCGUUUCUUCAAGAAGGUGGUUGUUUUGUGUAAGGAUGGUGUCUACGUCCCGGAGUCUUAG